GCAGGAGCCUGCGAGAUGCGCCCGUCUAUGACAGGUCUGGAAAUUUCCCGGCGAAGGCAGGAAUCUAUCGAGUUCCAAUCCCCUUUCCCUUCUCGCUCUUGCUUUCGCUCUCGCUCUCUAAUGGCAAGCGCGGCGUCGGCUCCUUCGAGAGCCGAAGUGCUCUCCUUGUUCCGAUCCCUCCUCCGAACGGCCACCAAGUUCACCGACUACAACGUGAGAGAGUACGUCAGGAGGAGAACGAUCGAUGGCUUCCGAGAGAACUGGGGGCUAUCGGAUCCCUCCUCGAUUGCUUCGGCCUUCGCCGACGGGAGGAACCAACUUGAGGUCGCGAAGAGACAGGUGGUAGUGUACUCUCUCUACGCUCCGAAGAUCAAGAACGUGAUGGAGAUCAGGAGCGGAUGAGGUAUCUGACCGAAAGGUUUGCCGUCGGGAUGGAUUUGGUUCUCAUUUCUCAUUCCAAUUCCUCAUUUUUCCGAAUCAAACUUAAAGGGUGCUUUAUACCAGCAGAAAUAAGAGAUGAGGCUGUCUCAACUGGUGAAGCGUAUGCUAUAUAUAUGAAGAGAGAGACCUCAACUGAAAAUUGUAACUUUAAAGUGUUCAAAGUAUCUUAGACGUUGUGAUUAUGAAUUUAAAGAUUUUUUAGACUUUGUAACGGCUUCUCUUAAUUCUCGUGAAACCAUUGAGCAGAGUAGUCAUCCCGUUGGUUUUGCUGGGACUUUUCAGUCUUAUUAACUGCUCGAAAUUCUGAAAUAUCAACUUCUAAGUAUUUUUUGAGUAAGA